AUGACGCUCAAGGAGUCGCUCUACAACAUCGUUUUCGGGCCGAACAGGUCAGCAGCUGCGUCCACCUCGGCGCAAGCCUCCACACCGACAGCCGCCGCCGCAUCGUCAUCCCUAGGAAUACCAUUGGCGGCGCUGUCGAACCUCACAUCGCACUCGAUUCAUGCGCUACAGAACCUGAGCUCGUACACGCCACGUCCCGGGGCGGAACCAUGUCCGUCGUCGGUGCCUGCUUAUCGCCGCGCGGCGGUGCUGCUGUGUGUGUUCGGCGGACGCAAUGGCGAGCUGUACGUCAUCUUGUCGAAGCGGUCGACGCGGUUGCGCUCGCAUGGAGGAGAUACAGCGAUACCAGGCGGAAGGUUCGAGCCUACCGAUCGGGAUCUGGAGUACACUGCACGGAGGGAGGCGUUCGAAGAGACGGGCCUGCCGAUCGACUCGUCGAAGGCAGUCAAGCUGUGCGAAUUGCCGCCGUUUCUGUCGGCCAACGAACUCGUCGUUACACCCUUUGUGGUGUUCGUCACGGACCACACCAUCCAGCCGCAUCUCAACCCGCGCGAAGUCGACAGCCUCUUCUCGCUCCCGCUCGUCUCGUUUCUCUACCACAACCCGCCACGCCCCCUACGUCGCUCGCUCCACCUACCCCCCACCCCAGACCCAGACGCUCUCCGCCACAUGCCGGCGAACGAAGUCUCGCCCAUCUCGGACUGGCACACAUGCCGCGACAUCCUCUGGCUCGGCGGCCACCGCAUCCGCCGCCACACGUUUUGGGACGAACGCAACCCCAUCCGCGGCCUCACCUCCGACAUCCUCAUCCUCGCCGCCAGCAUCGCCUACGGCAUGAAACCCCAGUUCAGCUUCAAAAGCCACGGGCAACCCAGCCAGGCCGAUCUGAUCCAGCUCGCGUUCAGCAGCCCCCUGGCGGUCAAGAAGUUCAGGGUCAAGCCGAGGAUGCAGUUCCUACGGCCGCCGGAUGCGUUCAGCUUUACAAAGAGCUACGAGAAGACCAACGACGAGCUGGAGCAACCGCAGGACGAGAGGUCAGAUUUCCCUAUCGCUCCUCCGAUCGAGACGCCCGCUGACCAGGGGACAGCUAUCCCCAAGCCCAAGCUGUGA